AUGUCUAUGCUUACUCUGGUGGUGGUGUUUGUGGGUGUGAGGCAGGGGAGUACCGUUAAGAGUUUUUUUUUUUAUUUUAUUUUUGUGGAUGUAUGUUGUAAAAAAUAUCCUUCAAGUACUUCUGCUGCCUCCGAGUGCAAGCCAUGUGUCAAGCAGUGUGCGAGUGUCGCAGGGCCAGGGUCUGCCUCGUCCCUGUCCCCUCCAUCCAUUACAGAGGACAUCUUUUUCAGCAGCAUGACUGAGGAAAAGGACGAGGCCUCUUCCGAAAGCGACUACGAGGACCCGGGACUAGAGGUGGACAGCAGUGCGGACGACAUCUUGGGCCUGGACUCCUCCCUUAGAGGCACAGAGUUUUUCAAAGACCUGCAGGAGGGAGACACUCUGCGUACGAAGAGCUACACCGUACUAAGUGGCCCCCGCUCAGCACACAGCUCCCCCGUCAGCACGCACCACCUGAGCCCAGGGCCACACCGCCACAUGGCCGACAGCAGCUCCUGCCCUGGCUCUCUGGCCUACCGGGAAAGCCCAGUCCCUCCGCAGCCAGACACAGCCGUGAGCAUCCAGUGCCACGAAGCAGCAGGGCCCGUCAUCACCGUCAGCACCACGGUGUACCUGAGGGACCUGGGGGGAGGGGGGGACACGGACGCGGACACGAAGGGAGGAGGCGACCUAGAAACGGACAUCGGGGGUGGGGAGGAGGGCAUGGACAGCGGCGCAGAGACUUUUCCCAUCCUGGUGAGGUCCAUGUCUACGUCACGGAGACACAGCUGGGAGGUGCCUUUGUCGCCUUUCGACCCGGGAAGGAGGUGA